UAAUUUAGUUAGUGUUUGUUGCAAACUACGGAAUCAAUCUUUUGUUCGAAAAUCUCGUGUAAGGGAUAGAUAUUGUUGUUUGAUGGUUAUUUAUUAAAAGUUAAUUUUUUAAAAACCAAUGUUAUCACAAAUUUUGUUAAUGUUUGUAUUGUAAUUAUAUAAUUCUCAUAUUUUAAAUUAUUUUUUUUUCAUGGGCGUUGUGGAGUGGAAUGCUGAACUCUGGGAACAUCGCCAUUGAUUAAUUUUGGUAUUGAACCUGUCCUGUUGAAGGAAGUAGAAGGGAAGGAGAAGAGUUUAUUAAAUUGCUGUAAUUUUGCAGCUGUCUUUUGUGUUUGAUAUUUGUAGUUAUUUUACCUCUACAAAUAAAAUUUUGUAUCUAUAAGUCUGUAAACAGUAACUUUCUUUUCAUCGUGUUUUCUUACGGCUCUUGCGUUAUUGGCAAUGGGCGAAGAAAAUAAGGGAGAGCGGGAUCGGGAGAAGGACAGAGACAGGGACAAGGACAGGCGGCGGAGAUCCCGCUCCAGAGAACACAGGAAGAGAUCACGAUCGCGCAGCAAGGACAAGCGCUCCCGCUCCAGAAGUAAAGACAAGCGUGCGCGGGACAGGCGGAGUAGGUCCGGGUCUGCGGGAAGGAAAGAGAAACGCUCCAGGAGACGAAAGCCUUCACUGUACUGGGAUGUUCCUCCUCCAGGGUUCGAACAUAUCACACCUCUGCAGUACAAGGCCAUGCAAGCUGCUGGUCAGAUUCCUGCCAACAUAGUUGCAGACACGCCUCAGGCGGCUGUGCCUGUGGUUGGUUCAACGAUAACAAGGCAAGCUCGACGACUUUACGUUGGGAACAUACCUUUUGGUGUGACAGAAGAAGAAAUGAUGGAGUUCUUCAACCAGCAGAUGCACCUGUCUGGGUUGGCUCAAGCUGCCGGAAACCCUGUUCUGGCUUGUCAGAUCAAUCUGGACAAAAACUUCGCUUUCCUCGAGUUCCGCUCCAUAGAUGAAACUACCCAGGCAAUGGCAUUUGAUGGCAUAAACUUCAAGGGACAGAGUUUGAAAAUCAGAAGACCACACGACUACCAGCCAAUGCCAGGAAUGUCUGAAAAUCCAUCUGUUAAUGUUCCUGCAGGUGUGAUUAGCACGGUUGUCCCAGACUCACCGCACAAGAUCUUCAUUGGUGGGCUACCUAAUUAUCUGAAUGAGGACCAAUUCUUUACAUCUCAGGUCAAGGAGCUUCUGAUGUCAUUCGGGCAGCUGCGAGCCUUCAACUUGGUCAAGGAUUCAGCGACUGGACUGAGCAAGGGAUACGCUUUCUGCGAGUAUGCUGAUGUCACGAUGACAGAUCAGGCCAUAGCCGGCUUGAACGGCAUGCAGCUGGGCGACAAGAAGCUGAUAGUCCAGCGCGCCAGCGUGGGGGCGAAGAACGCCCAGAUAGGCCAGCAGGCGCCAGUGCAGUUACAGGUGCCUGGCAUGACCAUGGUCGGAGCGGCCGGGCCCGCCACAGAGGUGUUAUGUCUCCUGAACAUGGUGACACCUGAUGAGUUGCGUGAUGAAGAAGAAUAUGAGGACAUUUUGGAAGAUAUCAAAGAAGAAUGUAACAAGUAUGGAGUGGUGCGCUCUGUGGAAAUUCCAAGACCUAUCGAGGGUGUGGAUGUACCGGGCUGCGGGAAGGUCUUUGUGGAAUUCAAUUCUAUUAUCGACUGUCAGAAAGCACAACAGUCUUUGACAGGCCGCAAGUUCAAUAAUCGUGUUGUGGUUACAUCUUAUUUUGAUCCAGACAAGUAUCAUCGACGUGAAUUCUAACAUUUUUAAAACGCAUGUAAUUACUUAGCUGUCGGAUGUGAUUGCUGUUGUGAAGAUAUAAUGUUCAAAUGAAAAUUGAGUGUUAUGAGCUAUAGAAAUGAUGAAUUCUGAAAUGUUGAGUUAAUACGAAGUUGACAUUGGGUGCAGAAAAUGGCAUUUUUAAACAAUAUGGACAAGUACAUACAAAAUACAGUACUCUUAUCUACUAUUUGUGUUUUACAGUUAAAAGUUCUCAUUUAUCUUAAGCAUACUGUUUGGAGUCCAGUUGAAAACAGUUUAGUAUCAAUUUAAGCAGUACUGUUACAUGUUUUCCAUGUAAGUUCUGAAACAUUUUGUAAUAUUAGUUUAUAAAAGCUUCAACUUUUAAAUACAUUCUGGAAUGCAAACUCUUAGCCUAUUUUUGAAGUUAUCUGUAUUAAUUAUUAGAGUAAGUACUUUCUGUAAAAUAAUGGAUAUUAAAAUUAUGUUCAAGAAGUUGUUAGCUAUAAAGUUUGUAUUGUUUAUAUCCUAGUUCAGUAAAAAUUAAUCGUAUGCUAGUUAUUGGGCAAUAUUUUCUCAACUCAAAAAAUAACGCCAAUAAUGAUGUUUUGAAGUUGAAAUGUGGAGUUUCUAAUCUUUUCCAUCUUCAUGAAUUUCUGCUCAAAUAAAAAUUUCCUACUGUG